UGCAACACAGUCACUAGGGGACCGCUCCACUCCCUCAGCUAUAAAAAGGCAGUGCGCAGCUCUAUGUGCUUCAUUCCCUGCAGACUUCAAACCUAGCUACAGCAAGAUUUGGGACCCUGUGUGGAAAAUGUCUGACUUAGAGAACUCCAUGGCAACCAUCAUAGAUGUGUUUCACAAAUAUUCGGGGAAGGAGGGAGACAAGCACAAGCUGAAGAAGAGCGAACUGAAGGAUCUGAUCAAUAACGAGUUAGCAAGCUUUCUAGGGCAAAUCAAAGACCAGGCAACGAUGGACAGUUUAAUGGAGAGCCUGGACACGGACGCUGACUCAGAAUGUGACUUUCAGGAGUUCAUGACCUUCAUCGCCAUGGUGACCAUCGGCUGCCAUGAGUUCUUUGAACAACAUGAAGACGAGUAACAAAUCCACCCACCAUAUAUAUAAAUAAUUCUAGUUAAAAUGCACUGCAGACUUGUAACCCUUUCACCUGCCUUAACCUGUAUACAAACCUGUUGAUGAGGGUUAAUAGAUGGUAAUGCCUUUGGAACUAGUUUGAACCAUGGCUGGCUGGUGUUAUGUUUUAAAUUGUUGUUUUUAAUUUCUGUGGUGUUUACAGAGACUGUGGUGUACCAUAAUAUCUUCAAAUCUUUCCAGUUUGAGAUCAAUAAGCAAAAAAUAAAUAAAUAAAUAAAUAAAAUCAAACCUGUAGGGAUUGCACUGUUCUAAGAAAUGCAGUAAUUAUAAUAAAGAAACAUUAUAUGAAAAGUCAGGCCAUCACACAUUGCUGACGUGAUAGCUGAUUUUUAAGAAUGUUUUGGAGUUGGUGUUGGGAAAGUUGCUGUUUUCCCUUUUGCCUUAUGUUGAAGUCACAUGUAGAAUUAGUGAGACUCUUCUUUAAUCUGAUCGUUUAUUUUCUAUUGUUGCUGUUAUUUUUGUCUGUUUCUAUAUUUGCGUUGCCUUCCUUCACCAUUAAGCCAGCUGGGUUCGAUGACAUUUAAUGUCUUUUGGAUCAUUUUUUAUAACAAGAAUGACACCUCAUCAAAAUGUUGGUCUAACUAGACAAGAAGCAAUUGCAAGUGCUGUUAUAUUAGUCUCACCUGUCCUGUGUUUAACACACUACUGGAUUGUUGCUAUGUUAUGAAUGUUUAAAGCGCCUCUGUAUAUGUAGACACUUUAUUUGCCCUUCAUCUCAUAGCUUUAGUUUGCAACGUGUUUCAUUUUCCAAUGUUGAGAUGUUGGCCAGGCCAGGUCAUGUAAAGAGAUUGUGUGCUGAUAACCUUGAUACCUUGGUCAAGCACUUGUUGAAUGUUUUAAGACUGAAAUGAAGCUUGAGCUUGCAGUGUAUCCUCAAAGUCACAACAGUGUUACUGACAAUGCAUACGUGCCUAAUUUUCUAUUACUGGUUCAUUAUAACUUUGUAGCCAGUUUAAUUCAAGCUAGAAGUUGGCUGAAAAGUAUGUCCCUUUUAUGUGAUUAGGAAUGGAAAGCUAUUGCAAAGUAUAGCUAGCAGAUAAGCUUUGGAAGACUGUCUGCUUGUACUGUUAAUAAAAUGGUCAGUGCAAAUACA